AUAAGUGUGGAGGGCGCGCGCGCGCGCGCUGCGAAUAGUAACUGGCAGCGGGCUGGCUGACACAGGCCGAUCGAGAGGAAAGUUCAACUCCCCUCCUUCGCUAGCUGCCUUUUCCCUCUACCUCCUACCACUUACAUCUUCCUCCCCUCCCUCAAUCAAAGAAAUCUCUAGAACAUGUCGCUCUCUCGCCAUGUCGACGCCGAUGCCCUCAUGGAGGCGGCCGCGGACCACCCGCACCUGAACCUGGUGGAGCGCACCAACGAGAGCCGCCUCUCGCACGACCGCGGUGGACGCUACCGCAUCGACAAGCUGCCCAAGUACACGGUCCCAAAGGAGGGCUGCACCGGCCAGGAGGCCUACAACAUCAUCAACAACGAGCUCACGCUCGACGGCCGCCCCACGCUCAACCUGGCUUCGUUUGUCCACGUCUCGGUGCCCGAUGAGUGCAGGAGGCUGCUCAACGAGCAGGCGCAGAUCAACCUCGUCGACCAGGAUGAAUACCCUGCUACGCUGGCCAUCCACGGCCGUUGCGUCUCGAUGCUCGCCGACCUGUGGAAGGCCCCAGUCGAGAAAGACGAAAACGGCCAUCGCAAGGCGGCCGAGGGCGUCGCCACCACGGGCUCCUCCGAGGCCCUCAUGCUGGGCGGCCUGGCAAUGAAGAAGCGCUGGCAGAACAAGCGCAAGGCCGAGGGCAAGUCGUUCAAGGAGCCCGGCCCCAAUCUCGUCUUUGGCGCCAACUGCCAGGUGUGCAUCGAGAAGCUCUGCAGGUACUUUGACAUCGAGGCGCGCGAGGUGCCCAUCUCGCCCGAGUCGCACUACUGCCUCGAUGUGAAGAAGGCCAUGGAGAAGAUCGACGAAAACACAAUCGGCGUCUUUGCCAUCCUCGGCAGCACCUACACGGGCCACUACGAGCCCGUCCAGGAGCUCUCCGACGCCCUCGAUGACCUGCAGAAGCGCACCGGCCUCGACAUCCCCAUCCACGUCGACGGUGCCUCGGGUGGCUUUGUCGCUCCCUUCGCUCACCCCAACCUCAAGUGGAACUUUGAGAUCCCCAGGGUGGUCAGCAUCAACACCAGUGGCCACAAGUACGGAAUGGUCCUUGCUGGUCUCGGCUGGGUCGUCUUCCGCUCGUCCGACGUCCUGCCCCGUGAGCUCGUCUUUGAGCUUCACUACCUCGGCUCCGUCGAGUACUCGUUUGGCCUCAACUUCUCUCGGCCCGCUGCACCCGUGCUUGCCCAGUACUUUAACUUCCUCAACCUGGGCUACGAGGGAUACCGCAGCGUCAUGCUCGAGAACCUCAAGAAUGCCCGACUUUUGUCCCGUGCCCUUGAGCUGAGCGGCUACUACACUGUUCUCUCUGACAUUCACCGUCCCGCAAACAAGGUUGCGCAGGCCGCCAAGGCCGUCGGCGUGGCCUCGGACAUGGACGCCGAAAACUACAUGCCGGGCCUGCCCGUCGUGUCGUUCCGCUGGUCCGACGACUUCCAGAAAAAGUACCCGCACCUGGACCAGAAGUUUAUGCAGACGUUGCUCCGCGCCAAGGGCUGGAUCGUGCCCUCGUACAACCUGUGCAAGGACCUCGAGGAGGUCAACAUCCUCCGCGUCGUCUGCCGCGAGGACCUGAGCGAGGACAUGGUCGACCAGCUCGUCCACGACAUUCUCUCCAUCACUGAGAGCCUCACCCAGGCCAACUCGCUCGAUGCCCACCUGGAGAGCGCCGUCAACAAGAACGCCACGCACGCAAACAAGCGCCACACCAACGUCCGCAGGCACCCGCACACGCUCCCACAGGGCUCGGGCGUCAAGGGCCACGGCUAUGCCAAGCAGUGCUAGAUUGUUGUGAGGGUAAUUUACAAAAGCAACCUUGUGAUCCAAGACAUGUGCGCAAAGAUGAUAGUCUCUUUAUGUCCGAAAAGAUGCCAGUCUCCCGUGAUGAAUAGCGAAAGAAUGAUUUGCU